CACCGAAAGAACAAAGGAAGGAUAUCAAUAAUUUGCCACACAACACACUACAAACAAAAAAGUCUUUAGCUCUAGAAGAGAGGAGGAUAAGACUCUUUGGUUGUUGUUGUUCUUGUUGUUGUUUGUUCUGUUUGUUGUUUUUCUAUUUUAUAGAACAAACACACCGUGCACCAUCGACAAGACAAGUGUUGUUGCCACAGUGAAAGCGGUGACGAAACCCAACAGAACAAAUCAUGAAGAGGAAGUUCUCGUUCUCAAAGAGUGAGAUCGUUCGUGACUCAAUCAAACGGAACUACACGUACUACAUACUUGCACUCCGAGUGGUACCAAAAGAUUCGUCCUUGAAGGAAUUCAGACAUCACAGCUUGUGAUGCCACGACCUCAUCACUCGAUCACUCACUGACUCCAAGAAAAGCAGAAGGUUCCGUUUCAGUUACUCCAUUAAGUCGAGUUGAGUUGUUUGCUGUCUCCGAUUGAUCCAACCCUCUUCGUACCAGCAAUUACCGAUACUACUCUACUAGCUGAAGGAAGGAUGGAUUGCCCAUGGUCAUCCGCAACUCUUCUGAGUGGUGGCGGGCGGCGGCCUUCUGCAUAGUCUUCUUUCUUCUGGGUGUUUUCACGGCACCCCACAAUAAUAAGAUCAUUCAUCCUACUAACAAACAACACGACGAUAAUGAUGAUCCACAAACUACUUCCGUGCAAGAGGUCAUGGCCCGUCACGCCAAGGCACAGAAACAACUAUUGGCGGAAAUGGAUACCCUGCAACAUCCCGCGGUCUGUGGACGUCGGUUGAGACUCCAGUCGAGGAUGCAGGCGGCUGCGGGAACCAGGAGCGAACAGUUUGCUCGAGACUUUCAAUACGCCGCCUUGGCACUGCAAGUGGCCGUUGCUACCCAACGAAUGCUGGUGCUCGAAGGGGAAUGGGUCUGUCAUGAUACCGAUGCCAGAGGGCACCAGAGUGGUAUAUCCUGCUUGGCGGCCAUUUCGAGCUGUACUACCCACGAUGAUCACACGCAUACCACUACGAGCAAUCCACAUCAAGACGACGACGCCAAUAUUUUGGAUCCCUUGUCCUUUGGGAUAAUCCCCGAUCAAGUCAUUACAGACGAUAAUGCGCUCUUUCAUGCCGACUACUACGGCUCCAGCAAACAAGAAAUGGAAAUGCCGUCAUGGCCCUAUCCUAAAUCCACCUAUCUCAUUGAUGUAGUUCCCACAUGGGAACGAGCAUUUGGUAGGUUCUGGGUACGCGCUCAAAUGGCACACUACCUGUGGGGAAAAUGGCAUUCUGCUAAUAACAAAGAAGAAGAAGCGUCCCAAAAGACGACGAAACCAUAUAUUGUCUUGUAUUGGAUAUCCUCCCGCAAAAUGAGAAAAAACCUGGCCACCAAAUACGGACGAGAUGCCUCCAUCACACAAGCCUUUGAGCGGUGCAUGGAAAUUGUCGUCCAGAACAUUCUUCUUCAACCAGAACAACAACCAUCCAAAAGUAGUCUAGACACAAUCUACAUUGUAACGGAUGGUGUUGUCCAAGAAUCAUCAGAGGGUGGGGCAGUACUCCCACCCGAAACGUUGGAGCAGGAUUAUCCAGAGUGGAAGUUCGUUCGACGAUAUCCAGCAACCAACGAGGACGAGAAGUUACUGUCCGAUUUGGAACUGAUGCGAAGAGCCGACUUCCUGGUGGGCUCGUUUCAAAGUCAAAUGUUUCGACUGGCCACGGAAUUGAAUACGGCAUGGUUCACAGGACGGUAUCCACCCGCCAUGAAGCGUCACUGGCCCGUGGAUGUGGAAUGGUUCGAAAAUCCAUAAUUAGUAGUCUAGUUAGAAAACGGUACGGUAGUCAGGUGGUGCUUUCAUCAGUUGCUUGGUUGCUGUUUCUAUAGUAAGUAGUGAUUCCAAAAGCAGUGAACCAACGUACAUGACUCUGUUCCACUACUGCAGAGCAACGUCACUGCUUUGAGGAUUCAAAGGAUACCCCCUGUUGAUACAUCAACUCUCUUAACUCUGGCAGUCAUAUCAUGGGUUGUCAUGAUUACUAAAGCUUUCUUAUUGACUUGGAGCCGUCUUGAAUUGCUAUCUUGGUUACUAGAAAAGAUGGUUUGAAAGUCUUCAGUUAGAUGCUUCCAUCCAGGUACAUGUGCUUGACAAAGCUUGUUCUAUUUUCAAACGAGCUGGUCGCGUUAGGUGGAGCACGUACAGGAUAAUAUGGGUGGAUCCUAUCAUGUGGCUGUUCCUUGCGAGGUUACCCGCCAUGCUUCUAGCUAGUAGGUUGGUGCUUGAUUGAUUGGAACUGCCGAGGCAGAAUCCGAACAAGCCUGUGGAUUUACAUUGGCCAACACAAAGCUUGACCAGCACAACGUUAGCUUGGUUGGUUGGUCAACUUGCCACCGGUUUUGGCAGGGUUGGGUA